GAUUAGAUCUGAUCCAGUUCGGACCGCCAUGAAGUCCCGUUGCAAUCUUCUGUUCCUGGUUCCGAUCCUCUGGUCGCUCGUUCCGGUGCUGACAGCAGGUCCGGGCUGCGGUCCGUGUGACCCGGGUCAGUGUGCUCCGCUCCCUGUCCAGGGCUGCCCCGCCGGAUCCCUGCGGGACUCGUGCGGGUGCUGCUCGGUCUGCGCAGCCGCUGACGGUGAACUGUGCGGGGGGCGCAGUGCGGGAACGCGCCGCUGCGGGUUCGGAUUGGAGUGCGUGAGAACGAGGGAUGUCAAGAAGAGCAAGAUGGGCGUGUGCUCGUGUAAGAACAACUUCGAGGUCUGCGGAACCGACGGAACCACGUACAAGAACAGCUGCGCGCUGAAGACCGCGAGCCUGGCAGCCCAGAAGGAGGGCAAAGAACCCAUGAGCGUCCAGAACAAAGGCCGCUGCGCCGCAGCUCCCGUCAUCGUCACUCCUCCAGGUGAGGUGUUCAAUGUCAGCGGCUCCCAGGUGUACCUGAACUGUGAGGCAAUGGGCGUGCCCACACCUGUCCUCACCUGGAAGAAGGUUCUUGGUGGGACGAGGAGAACGAAGCUGCUUCCAGGAGACCAGGACAAUCUGGCGGUCCAGACCAGAGGAGGACCAGAGAAACAUGAAGUGACCGGCUGGGUGCUGAUUUCCCCGUUGACCAAAGAAGAAGAAGGAUCCUAUGAGUGUCACGCCACCAACUCCAUCGGUGAAGCUUCGGCUGUCGGAGCCAUCCACCUGGUGGAGUCGGCCGAUGACGUCAUCGUAAAGACAGUGACGGAGGUGGAGCCGUGAUCAGCUGAUCUGAACAUCCUUGAAGUCAGAUCUCUGAAAGCUUUAAAAAAAUAUAAACUUUUCUCUCACUUUUUUAAUUCAAAGUUUUGCAAUUCAACCCAUUUAUCUUUAUUUUUUUUAUAGAAAAAAAAACAAAAACACAAUGCAUAUGUUAGACAAUUUAAAUCACCAUAGCAACAAGUGACAGGAUUUUCUGUUUUAAAGGGACAUUACGUGUGUUUGUGUGAAGUAUUUUGAACAUUUUAUUGGAAAUUUUCUGUACGACGUUUAUUUGUAGAUUUUAAAAGAACGGUUUAAAGAUUAAAUAAAUAAAUAAAUAAA